AAGUCAGAUGGGUGAGUCUUCACCCAAGAUGCUUUGGUGCCAUGAGGCGACUUGGUGUUCUGGCAGGUCUGGGCACUGGGGCCGCGCAGGCCGUUUUCGGAAGCCCGGGCCCGGAGCAAGAGUUCGGGAUUGACUGGCUGGAGGGCUGGCACUCGCAGUAUGGCCAAGACCGCAAGAUCAUGCGGUGGUUCUACAGUGAGGAGCCGGGGUCCAGGUGGUACAUGGCAGCUGCGGGCCAAACGCUGCGGCAAGGCGUGUUCGUGGAUCUGGGCGCCGGGGACGGCGUGGAGAAGAGCAACAGCCUGGCCUUCGAGGAGAAGUUGGGGUGGACGGGUCUGCUGAUCGAGCCCAUGCCUGCGGCCUUUCGAGAGCUGCAGAAGAACCGGCCCAAGGCCAAGACGGUGAGGGCCUGCGUGGCGGGGGCCACAGGGGACAAGGACUUCGUGGAGGACGGGCUGAACAGCGGCACCACCAGCCGCCAGCAGCUCACCGCCGCCUCCGCGGCCGUGACGCGGCUCCGGUGCCGCAGCCUCGGGGACCUCAUCGACGAGCACCUGGGCGAGAUGGGCGCGCACAUCGACUACCUCUCCCUGGAUACGGAAGGCUCGGAGUUGGAGAUUUUGAGAUCCUUCAACUUCCAGAAGCAUCGGGUGGAUGUCAUCAGCGUCGAGGUGGAUGACAUUUUGCCCGAGGUCAUGUACAAGCGACUGUCGGACCGGCUCCGAAGGAACAACUACGCGUAUUUGGAGAGACUGGGCGCUGACGAGAUUUGGGUGAGGCAAUUGGGCUUCCAUCCAGAUCCCACCUGCCUGUUCUCUUUGCCUUUGCAGUUGGACACGGUUCCAGCAUCGGUUCCUGAUGUCGGCUGGGGCGGCCUCCGCAGAGUGCUGAAGAAGUUUCUGGUUUCUUUGGGCUCCGGGUUGGGCGAGCUCGGAUCCGCGGGCGCCUUUCUGGAUCAGUGGGCCACCGGGGAUCUGCGCGACUGGAGCGCGCAGUGCCCUGCGGGGAUGCUGUCGCUGGGCCUGGCCUUCUCCCUGACGCGCACGCGGGACAACGCGGCCCCAAGGGACCGGCAGAGCUUGGCCAACGAGCUGCGGCACCACACGGUCUUCCACUGGAACGACCAGCUGCAGGCGGUGAUGCGGACCUUGCGGCACAGCGACCUGGUGAAGGCGUCGGAGCUGGCCGGGGAGGACUUCCACUUUCGCGCGCCGCUGGGGAGGCUCUGGCACCUCACCAGCUUCGAGCAGAUCCUGGAGGCUGACUGGCCGUUCUUCGGGCUCUUGUCGUUGGCAAGCAAGCAAGCGGCACUGACGCCGCAGGUGGUGGAGCAUUUGCACAUCAAGGGCAUCGAGGAGAUUCGGCCUCUGCCUAUGCCUCGGAUCCGUUGCAUCCUGCGGGUCGGCAACCACAUCUCCCUGGAGCAGAAGCUGCCGGUGAAUUUCCGGUCCAAGCGGAAGUCCACGCCUCAGCUCCUGUUGAGCACGGACGCCUGCAGUCUGCUGGGCACGGCGGCCUCCAACUUCCACCACGCCCGGCGCGAGGUGCGGCGGCUGCUGGCCACGGAGCCGAAGGAGCGGCAGCGCUACGACCGCCUGGUGAACUGGACCUGCGAAGGAGCCGCUUCGCGGAGGAGUCUGUCGCCCGGCCAGUGCCAGGAUCUGAGCCUGUCGCAGUGCCUGGGCCUCGACGGCACCUUGGCGGUGCCCGCCUGCAGGCUGCAGCCCCGGGCGCUGGGCGGCCUACGGCUGCGGCGGAAGAUGCGACUGGACGCCACCCGCGUCAGCAGCUGGGUGGACCAGGGCGAGCGCCUCUUCCGAGUCUUCGUGGAGAGGCACGGCCUGUUCCUCGCCUUGUGGGCCGCCGCGCAGCCCGAGCUGGCGCCUGUGAGGGGCGCCACAGCCGGAGCUGAGGCGGAGGAGGCUGAGUGGCCAGACCCCGAGGAGGUGAAGCUGAGGGAGACCAUGUUCGACGUGCUGCACAGCUUGCAGCAGGAGAUCUCCUGGGACAUCUGAGAUCAGCUGAAAGGAGAAGACCUCGGGGCCUUGGCCGAGGCGAAUGCCCUAAAACUGGGCUGCUUCUCAACUAAACAUAGGUGCUGUGCCUAGCAAAAAAAGCGAGCAAGGUGGAUGUCCUAAAUGGGCU